AUGGAUGAUGCUUACAGGGACAGGACUACCCUGAUGAGGGGUGCGAAAGACAUUGCCAAAGAAGUUAAGAAGCAAACAGUGAAGAAAGCCAGCAAAGGGGCAGAUCAUGACGAAUACAACCAGACCUCUUAUGUCAAUUUUCAAGAUGAUGAACAUUACAACUACCGCGGAGAGAGUUAUGGAGAGGAACCUCAUGAAGAUGAAGGAUCAAGUGAUGCUACUGAAGGUCACGAUGAAGAGGAUGAAAUCUAUGAAGGUGAAUACCAGGGAAUCCCGGAUAUGGGACAAAGAAAGGAGAACCAAGUAGCCAUAGGACAGCCUGUCUCCGAUGAGUAUAAGGAUCGUGAGGAACUGGAUGCUGAGAGGAGGGCUGACGAGGAGGAGCUGGCACAACAGUAUGAGCUGAUCAUUCAGGAAUGCGGGCAUGGCCGCUUCCAGUGGGCACUGUUCUUUGUGCUGGGAUUGUCUCUCAUGGCCGACGGUGUGGAGGUGUUUGUGGUGGGCUUUGUCCUGCCAAGUGCUGAGACAGAUAUGUGCGUAGAAAACUCCACUACAGGAUGGCUGGGAAGUAUAGUGUACCUUGGGAUGAUGUUGGGGGCCUUUUUCUGGGGUGGUCUAGCAGACAAGGUUGGCCGGCGGCAAGCCCUCAUCAUUUGUAUGUCCGUCAAUGGUUUCUUCGCCUUUCUUUCAUCCUUCGUCCAGGGUUAUGGGCUCUUCCUCUUCUGCCGAUUCUUCGCUGGAUUUGGGAUUGGAGGAGCGGUUCCAGUUGUGUUUUCCUACUUUGCUGAAGUCUUGGCCCGGGAGAAGCGUGGUGAGCACCUGAGUUGGCUCUGCAUGUUCUGGAUGAUCGGAGGGAUCUAUGCAUCCGCCAUGGCUUGGGCCAUCAUUCCUCAUUAUGGUUGGAGUUUCAGUAUGGGCUCUGCAUAUCAGUUCCACAGCUGGCGGGUGUUUGUCGUUGUCUGCGCUCUUCCUUGUGUCUCCUCUGUUGUCGCACUCACCUUCAUGCCUGAAAGUCCCAGGUUCCUGCUGGAGGUGGGGAAACAUGAUGAGGCCUGGAUGAUUCUGAAGCAAAUUCACGACACCAAUAUGAGAGCACGGGGACAACCGGAAAAAGUAUUCACUGUCAAUAGGAUCAAGACUCCAAAACUGAUUGAUGAAUUGAUAGAGAUACAGACAGACACAGGCACUUGGUAUAAGAGAUGGGGAGUCAGGGUGGUUACUGUGUGGGGGCAGAUUUGGAUGACUUUCAUGCGAUGUUUUGACUAUCCUGUGAAGAAAAAUACCAUUAUGCUGAUUAUAGUUUGGACAACUUUGUCAUUUGGCUACUAUGGUCUCUCUGUCUGGUUCCCUGAUGUCAUCAAACACCUUCAGGCUGACGAGUAUGCAUCCCGAGUGAAAAGGUUUUAUGGAGAAAGAGUUGUGGAUUUUGUGUUCAACUUUACUCUGGAAAACCAGAUCCACACGAACGGAGAGUACAUCAGGGACAGGUUUACUAUUAUGAAGUUUAAAGCAGUAACAUUUGAAGAUUCCCUGUUUAAGAACUGCUACUUUGAAGAUGUGACAUCAUUAAGUACAUAUUUUAGGAACUGCACAUUUAAUGAAACUUUAUUCUAUAAUACAGAUCUCGAUAAGUCUAAAUUCAUUGAUUGUCAGUUCAUCAAUACCACAUUUCUUCACAAUAAAGAAGGCUGCCAGAUUAACUUUGAUGAGGACUACAGUGCAUACUGGAUCUAUUUUGUCAACUUCCUUGGUACACUAGCAGUAUUGCCAGGCAACAUUGUAUCUGCACUCCUCAUGGACAGGAUUGGCCGCUUGACGAUGUUAGGUGGAUCCAUGGUUCUGUCUGGGAUCAGCUGUUUUUUCCUGUGGUUUGGGACCAGUGAAGCCAUGAUGAUUGGAAUGCUCUGCCUAUACAACGGUCUGACCAUUUCGGCCUGGAACUCCCUUGACGUGAUCACUGUAGAGCUUUUGCCAACUGACAGGAGAGCAACAGGAUUUGGAUUCUUGAAUGCCCUGUGUAAAGCAGCAACAGUACUUGGAAAUCUCAUUUUUGGCUCUUUGGUUGGCAUCACCAAAGCAAUCCCUAUCCUGCUGGCAUCCACUGUCCUCGUCUGUGGAGGCCUCAUGGGACUCCGACUUCCUGAUACAAGAAACCAGGUUCUCAUGUGA